UUAAAGGAGCGUGGGAUGGCCAUGCUGCUUGCUCUCUGGAGUGACUCUACCUUUUUCGGUCUAUACAACUGCGCCUCGGUCGCGACGAAAAAGGCGUCACUGGUCACGUGGAGCAGCGGCGGAGGCCGGCAGCCUCGGAGUGGCGAGGAGAAUCCUCUCUGUAUCAGAAACCCAGACAUCGAGAGCAGGCGGAUCCCGCCUUCGGGCACCGCCUCCGCCGGCAUGGGCAUCAAAUUCCUAGAAGUUAUUAAGCCUUUCUGUGCUGUUCUGCCGGAAAUCCAGAAGCCUGAAAGAAAAAUUCAGUUCAGAGAAAAGGUUUUAUGGACAGCCAUCACCCUCUUCAUAUUCUUAGUAUGCUGCCAGAUACCAUUGUUUGGAAUAAUGUCCUCAGACUCUGCAGAUCCUUUCUACUGGAUGAGAGUCAUCCUUGCAUCAAACAGAGGCACUUUGAUGGAGUUGGGUAUCUCUCCCAUUGUGACAUCAGGCUUAAUUAUGCAGUUGCUGGCUGGAGCCAAGAUCAUUGAAGUUGGUGACACACCAAAAGACAGAGCCCUUUUCAAUGGUGCUCAGAAAUUGUUUGGAAUGAUUAUUACUAUUGGGCAAGCAAUUGUCUAUGUCAUGACUGGGAUGUAUGGAGAUCCUGCAGAAAUGGGAGCUGGAAUCUGUCUCCUGAUAAUAAUUCAGUUGUUUGUGGCUGGCUUGAUAGUGCUGCUGCUAGAUGAGCUGCUGCAGAAAGGUUAUGGCUUGGGUUCUGGGAUUUCCCUCUUUAUUGCCACCAAUAUCUGUGAAACCAUUGUCUGGAAAGCCUUUAGUCCUACAACCAUUAACACUGGCAGAGGAACUGAGUUUGAAGGUGCUGUCAUUGCAUUGUUCCACCUUUUGGCUACACGAACCGACAAAGUCCGUGCUUUGCGGGAGGCUUUCUACCGCCAGAACUUGCCUAACCUUAUGAAUCUGAUUGCUACAGUCUUUGUGUUUGCUGUAGUCAUAUAUUUCCAGGGAUUUCGUGUUGAUCUCCCAAUAAAGUCUGCUCGAUAUCGUGGGCAAUACAGUAGCUAUCCUAUCAAACUCUUCUAUACCUCCAACAUUCCCAUCAUUCUUCAGUCUGCCUUAGUUUCCAACCUCUAUGUUAUUUCUCAAAUGCUGUCUGUGCGGUUUAGUGGCAACCUCUUGGUAAACCUACUUGGGCAGUGGGCAGACGUUAGUGGUGGUGGUCCAGCACGCUCCUACCCUGUUGGAGGCCUCUGUUAUUACCUCUCCCCACCAGAAUCCAUGGGUGCUAUAUUUGAGGAUCCUGUCCAUGUAAUUGUUUAUAUUAUAUUUAUGUUGGGAUCCUGUGCAUUUUUCUCCAAGACGUGGAUUGAAGUGUCCGGAUCAUCUGCAAAAGAUGUUGCCAAGCAACUGAAAGAACAGCAAAUGGUGAUGAGAGGCCACAGGGAUACAUCCAUGGUUCAUGAAUUAAACAGGUACAUCCCUACAGCGGCUGCAUUUGGAGGCUUGUGCAUCGGGGCCCUCUCCGUCUUAGCUGACUUCCUGGGAGCCAUUGGCUCAGGCACUGGCAUUCUGCUUGCAGUUACCAUUAUUUAUCAAUAUUUUGAGAUAUUUGUCAAAGAACAGGCAGAGGUCGGAGGGGUAGGUGCUUUAUUUUUCUAAAUGUCCAGAUAUUAUGCAGCUUGUAGACCUGCAGCCUGUUAGUAAAUACUGCAAAUUCCCCUCCCUCCCCAAGUGCUAUCAGCCCUACUUGUCACAAAAUGGGUAUUGCACAAUGCCUAUGUGCAGCUUCAGUACCAGCUGCCUUAAGAAUCAAAGUUUACAUUGUCUGGGUUUAAAAUACAAAAAUAUACCUAGUGCUGCCUGUAGUGCUGGAAGCCAAUGUUAUCUACCUUCCUCUUCAAACACUACCAUGGAAAGAGUCAAAAGGUGCCCAUUUUGCUCCUGGUGAACACUGCACACUACGUUGUGAGAUUUGAAUGUCUCUGUGCACACUGGCAAAAGAAACAAUGGCAAAGAGUUCCAAGUGGCCACGUGUGAGAAUCCCUGAGUUUAUUUUAAAAAGUACCUACAACUUUUUUUCCUGAAAUCUAUAUUUUACAUGAAUUACUUUUUAUAUGCUAUUUAAAAACAAGGAAAUAUGAUCUCUCCCACACUCCAGCCUCCUGGUGUGUGGUCAGUGUCCAAUGCCUUUGUAAGUCCCAUGCUUUGAAGCUAGGAAGGUGGAUGAGCAUUUUAACCAUCUUGCUUGUGAAUGUGGGGUCUACAGAGGCAUGGAGUGGGGGUAGGGCCAGACGUCCUUGUUCAAGGGUUUGCAGCACCCCGUGGGAGCCUGCUAAAUGUUUUGCCUGUUUUGCCUUAUUGGAAACCCAUGUGUCCUUUUUAAGGGGGGGGUCUGUAUCAUUGAAAUGUCACCCCAACUUUCUUCUUCCAAAUUAGAAAAAGCAAAGGCAUAGGUCUUAAAGCAGAGAAAUGGGCAAAUCACACUGAAAAAAAUUAUCGUCGUGCUUCUUGGCGGCAAUGUAAGCAGUGUAAACAUUAGAGAAUAAACUUAUUUAAUUAAAAUG